AUGUGGUUCCCAUUUGUCACAUUGGAGCUAAUUUUGUUUUCGUUGAUAAUAGAUGACAAUAUGACAAUACUAAUGGCAUUUCAGACACCAGAAGUUGAGGUCAUAGGCUUGGCUACUAUCUUUGGCAAUGUUACUACAAAAGAUGCUACACGAAAUGCAUUACUCUUGUGUGAAGCUGCAGGAUAUCCAGAUGUUCCCGUGGUAGAGGGUAGGUCUGAACCUCUGAAGAGAGGGGAACCACGUGUUGCAGACUUUGUUCAUGGUUCAGUUGGAUUAGGCAACUUAUUUUUACCUUCUCCAAAUUCAAAAAAAAUCGACAAGUCUCCAUCUGAAUUCUUGGUGGAAAAAGUUUCUGAAUAUCCUGGUGAAAUGUCUAUACUUGCAUUAAGACCAUUGACAAACUUGGCUUUGGCUGUAAAGAGGGACUCAACCUUUGCAAGCAAGGUGAAGAGAGUGGUUGUACUUGGUGAUUCCUUCUUUGCUUUAGGAAAUAUUAAUCCUGCCGCAGAAGCAAAUGUGGGUGAUUUCUUUCCCAAUGGGAUAUAUGGGGACCCUGAGGCUGCUGAUGUUGUGUUUACGUGGGGGGCAAAUAUUUAUGUUGUAGGCAUCAACAUUACAUCACAGUCAAAGCUUUUAGAUGCUGAUCUUGAAAAACUAAAGCAAUCCGAAGGAAAACACGCUAAGUUUGUGUGUGAUAUGUGCAAAUUUUACCGUGAUUGGCACGUGAAAUUCAGUUGGUGUCUAUGCUGCCAACUAUGUGGCUAUCUCCAAGCUUUGCAGACAUCACCAUCAGUUGUUGCUGCUGGAUUGGUUGCUGAUUAUCUUAUUUGUGAAAUAUACUUCACAACAUUGUUUGCAUUGUCUUCUUAA